CGGCACAUACAAUAAAUUUGAAAUGUGUGGAAGUGUAAUCGUAUAGAAAUUGUAAUCUAAUGAUUGUGUGUGUUGUUGAUUGAAGGUUGGGCAAAAUGUAAUCGGGUUGCUAACGAUACUUCAAGUAAACGGUUUUGAUCUCGGCAGUAAUAAUCUUAAAACAUUAAAAAUUAAGAACGUAAAUGACAAUUUUUUUCUAAAAUUCGAAUUUCAUUAACGGUUUUGUCUUUGUACUGUAUAGUAGGUUUUCCCUCUUAUGAAGUCAAUUUAUGAUUGUUUAAUAUAUAUAUUUCUUAAGUAGCAGAUUGUAUCAACAGAAAUUUUAUGAAACUAGGGAAAUUCAUGAUACAGAGAACAAUUUCUAUUGUGCAAUUCAGAAAUUUUAGUGGACUGUAUUUUUGUAUUCUGAAAUUAUACAUUUCUAUAUAGCAUUUUUUUCGAUGCACUAUCGAAGGCUUUUUAAGAUAAAUAAUUUGAUGUAUUUUAGUACUUGGGUAAUGCUACAAAAUUUAUAAAUUUUGAAAGCGGAAUAGGCAAUGGUUUGGAAUUUAAAAAGUUGAGUUUACAGUAGGUACACAUCUGUGGAAAAACUUAAGUUUUGGCUUAAUAAUUGAUGAAUUUUCCAUACAUAUAUUUUCUUUGAUUAUGAUGAAUCUUGCAGAUUGUCAGUUUUAAUAUUAAAGGGAAUAUAACGAAUAAAAAUUAGGCUGUCUUAUUGUUGUAUUGAACAACAAUUCGGGAAUACCAUAUACGGGAUAAUAAACACCAAAAACAGGAGAAAAAAAUUGAUUUUUAAUUUAAAUGUGUAUAAAAUAUAUAAAUAAAUUAAAAAUUUACUCUAAAGUAUAUAAUUAAUUUUGAAUUAAAAAAUUCUCAAUCGUGAUUUUAGCUCAAAAUGAGAAAAUAAGCUUUGCCUUGUUUUUAUGAUUCAAAAAUAAAUUUUUCGAAUAUUCCAGGCAAUAAAAAUUAGUUUUGAAAACGAAUAGAUCGUAAAUUAGAGAAAAAGUACCAUAACGUCAAACGUACAUCCAUUUUUUCGUAAGAAAAAAAAACUCAAGUAAUAAAGCCGUAUUCAAUCAAAUUAUGAUUUUUAUUUAUAAACGGAAUUAGAGAUCUACGAACUACAUAUACAUAUUGUUACGUAUUUACUCUUGCUAGUUUACUUUGUUAGGUUCGUAUCUCUGGAUUGUCAAAUAAUAUAAACACUGUUUAAUUUAAUUCAACAACUCUUUAUUUCACAACUCGUCUACACUAUAGCAGUUUACUCUUAGCACUGAUUGAUUACGUUGGCGCUGCCACGGCUUAUAUAGCCACGCACUUCUCGCUGAUGCCGACGUGUCCUUCUAGAAUAUCGCGUCUGGAAAUUACCAGAACAUACGGCUAUAGCCACGCACUUCUCGCUGAUGCCGACGUGUCCUUCUAGAAUAUCGCGUCUGGAAAUUACCAGAACAUACGGCUAUACGGCGCCAGACGCAAGCAGACAGUCGCGGCGCCAGACUCAGCAAUUGUUUAACUAGACGAGCAGACAGUGUGGCGCCAGAUGUCUACAAAUGCUAUUCCAUAUACUUACAGCUAUUGUUCAUAAUCAGGGAUGCAUAUAGUAAUACAAAUACAACUUAAUACUACUUUUUGUAACAAUACAAUAAAGGUAACAAUUUACAGUACUAACAGAAGCAAAUCUGUUUUCAAAUAUUCCUACUCGUCAAGUUUAUAAGAUAUCAAUUCGCUAAAAUUGCAAGCUAAGAGAGAUGCCACCGAUCCUAGAGUAUUUUUAAUAUGAAAGUUAUACCAUGUUCAAACCUAAAAUUUCAAAGAUUAGAUUACAUUUAAACAUUUCAUAACCCAACAGUGUUCUCACUGCCGUUAGAAAGAUCAAAAAACAGCUGUUAUUGUCAUUCAAGAAUUCACAUCGCUUAAUAUUUAUCAAAAGAAAAGAUUGUCUUAUAGUAUUUUAAAAUAAAAACCGUCCUUUUUUUAAUAUUUUCCAUAUAAUAGUAAUAAUGGAUGCAUUUUUUCAUUUGUUAAGUCGAUUUUCAGGUGAAAUUAGAUUCAUUGCUUUAAAAAAAAUUUGUUUGUUUACAUUUUUUCCUUUUGUGCUGUGAUAAUGUAACAGAAUUCCAGUGCUGACAAGUAGAUUGCGCAAAAUCAAAACCGCACAGAGAGAUUUAGCGUGGAUCAGUUUCAAAUCAUUUCAAUGAAGUGAUUUGGAACUGUAAUUUUUGUAUGGCGAAAUCUUGAUAAAUUUUUAAGAUUAGUGGGAUAAUCCAUUCAACAGCCAAAAUCGUGAGAUUAAGUGUCGGUCUGAACAUGGUAUUAAACAGUUUUAUAUAUUAACAUUAUAUAUAACUAAUUCUAUGACAGUCAGCUCACGUAUGGAAUAUGAUUACUACAUUUUUUUAAUAUUACUGCCAUUCAAAAAUAAAGUAUGUUUUUAAUGUUAUUCAAAAUAAAUUAAAUUUGCCGUUGGAUCAAUUAAAACUUCCAAGUAUUGCUAAAGAGAAGGGAAAUCUAUUCCCUUACAGCACGCAAUUGAUUCACAUAUUUAGUUAGUAACUAAUUGUAUUGCAAAGCAAACCAGAAACGUAAACUUUUUGUGCUUCUAAUUUCAAAUUUAUGUUAUUCAAAAUAAAUUAAAUUUGCCGUUGGAUCAAUUAAAACUUCCAAGUAUUGCUAAAGAGUAGGGAAAUCUAUUCCCUUACAGCACGCAAUUGAUUCACAUAUUUACUUAUGUAAAAGAAAAUUUUAUGUGGUAACACCGUCUGCCCUAAGUCAGCCGUUUCCUGUUGCUUGUAGGCAAAUCAAAUUUAUCCCGUCUAGUUAUUUCAGCUAGUCAUAUAGAAGGAUUAAUUUUUAAUUGCUGUCUACCAAACUGAAAAUCUGAAGAAAUGGCUAUUUAUCACCAACCAAGUUGUAAAAAUGAUAGUCAAAUACUGAAUACCAAUAUGGAAACUAUUUCACAAGAAUUGAGUUCACUGCUUAUUGGUGGCGAAUUAGAUUCUGUUGGUGCAAUUGGAUUAACGGCAACAACAAAAAGCCCUGAGGUAAUCGGAUUGCCAAUGCCUUACGUAGAGUCCUGUGUUGCUCAUUUAAGUAAUAACUGUUUGAAAGAUGAUAAAAGUUGUGGAAAUGUGACUGGAGCAGUAGAAAAAUCCCGCACAAUGAACACCAGGGAGGCACACAUGUUUCAGUUAUAUCGUCAAUAUUAUUAUCAUCACCAACUUCAAAAUCAGCAAAUGCAUCAAAAUAAAAGAAACAAUCAACAACAUUUCCAUAUUGCAUCAAAUUUAUAUGGUUCGGCAGCCACAUCUCACUCAGAUGCAAUAGCACAGUUUCAUUCUGCAAUAGCCCCUGGAACUACUGGGUUGAAUGAUGGCGUAAAUUGCAAUUACAGCUCAGUACCAAUUCUAUCUAAGGAAAUUUCACAAAUUCGCUCUUCAAAUGACACCAAUUUAACUUGUGGAGUAUCGUCUAAAGCUUCUACUGCGCCUAAAUUUGAAUUUCACUUCUUACGUCACCAAAAUUCCAAUGCACUUCAUCCCGACACCAAUGCAGUGCCACUUAUUUCCAGCGCUUCUUUCAAUUCUGGCGAAACUGAUUUCUAUCGUUCUGGAAGCCGCAACAAUAAUGGAACUGUCAACAAAGUAAAUGGCGUUAGUCAACGUAGAUUUUCAAAAUACAACGACACAUUGAAGGAACAAGAAAUUGAUUACGACAAAAUUGUAGUCGAUUUAUCCACUCUUGGUCUACCAUUGGAUAACAAGGAGCCUAACCCAGUUUUGCGUUUAUUUGGUCUGCUUCGAAAAAUGCAUUAUUAUUUGAACGACGUUUUACCAUUAAAUGCGUUUGAUGCCGAUAUACAAUUGCAAGCAGGUAAAAUGCAAACAGAUGCACAGACAAAGUGUUCCAUGCCUUGUACCAUGAAUGUGCAAUAUCAAGUGAAGCAGGCUGCAAAAAAAUGUACAAUUUUCUUAUGUGAAAUGCAACGCAUUUUGAACGCACACAAAGUGUACAACAUGGAGUUGGAGUUGCAUAUGGAGUGUGAACAGUCCUUAAAUAAGUUGCGCAAUUUCUUAACACAAUUUGAGACAUUUAAACGAAUUGAAAUGGAGCAUAAACGUGGACAAUUUGUUACCGAACAAGCACGCACUCAAACACAGUUGCUGGAAAAACUCAUACUGCAGCUCAAUGAUCAAAUACGCGAGGCACACAUCUACGUACAUGCCUUCAACUGGGCAGUGGAGCGCACAAACCGUUCGACAAUAUAUAAUACAGGACUGAAACAUGAAAUAGUCACACCUAAUAACAACGAUGGCUCAGUUUUUGGUGAAGCAGUAGUAGCCACAGCAUUUACUGGCCGUGGUGUUGUGGGAUUUACACAUGCAAUGAGCGCAACUAAUGGUGACAUUGAUCAGCAAACUACUACCGUAAACGAAACCUAUUUCAACGCUGAUGCGGGUGCCGUUAUUAACAUUUUCAACGACACUGAUCGGCGUCACAUUGGUGCCGGUCAAAAGUAAAGUGCAAUUUAAUAUGUACAUUUGUUUGCAAAAAUUGUAUAUGUCAACAUAAUCUUUUUAAUUAAUUAUUUUAAAACUUAGCUUAGAUAUUUAUAAUAUAAUUUUUUAGACAUAUUUAUGUUUUAAUUACACGUAAAUUUAUAUAUCAAAAUAUGUAUUCUAAUUUUAUUGAUAUACAGAUUUUCACUUAACACUUGUGCCCUAAUUUUUUAUAUGUUUUCAUUUUUAU